UUGACUUCCGCCUUUAUCUCCCACAAGCCUUUGCUGUCGAUUCACAACCAAAACAAACAUGGCGGACGAGUCUUCAGAUGAAGAGCUAAACGUUCAAAAUGGCUACGAUGGUGAACUGGAACUUUACCUUGGCGGCAAUUCUGGAUCAGAUACCAGUGAUUCUGCAGGUAAUUUUAUUGUUGAAAGGAUUGAUCCAGAUCCACAUUUGUUUUCUGAACCGGCAUUCANUGGAGGAAUUGUAACACUACGAAUCAAAGCUACAGGCAGACAGAGAUUUAGAAUUAAAGAAUUGCGUAGACAAGUUGAUGGUGUAUUACAGGCCACAGUACAUGUCUUACCAGAAAUCAACCUACCCUCUCAUCCUGAAGGUGCACUUUGGUCCUGUUAUCAUAAGUUUGGUUGCCAGGCAACCACUGCUGGCAGCCUCGAAAAACCGUACCAGGUUUCUUCAGGAAAAAACCGACUAGGGAAGACCAGAUACCAAAAGGUAGCCACCAGUCUAAGCUCAUGGCCAGGAUGGGUGUAUCAACUGUACAAUCCAAAAAUGUGGGUUAAACUUUUCACGAUCCACAAAUCGUCAUGUGGCUCUUUUAUCUACUGGUCUAGUGGAGGAUGCGAUAUAUGGUGUUUUUUUGUAGAUUUCUCAUUUUGGGUAGCAGCCAACAUGCCUUUGGAUGACAGCCUAAGACUUCAAAUACUAAGCAUCAACUGUGCUACUGAGAGAUUGCGAAAGGAGCUUGAAAUUGUGCGAAAGUGUACCGUCUUGUGUUGCCGCGGUUGUGACACCAAGAUCGUUGAUAAAAAUGAUUUGUUCAGCAUGUCAUUGGAUGGUCCGUUAGGUGCAUACGUGAAUCCUCAUGGCUGGGUUCACGAGGCACUCACUUUUUAUCGAGCCACUGGCAUCAAACUGAGAGGCAAACCCACAGCAGAGAACAGCUGGUUCCCUGGGUACGCUUGGACGAUAGCAGAAUGUGCGCAGUGUUCUGACCACCUUGGAUGGCGUUUUACUGCCGUUAAGAGAGGUCUUUCUCCAAGUAAGUUUUGGGGGCUGACGCGGGCUGCGCUCAGACCCACCUUGCGCUACGAUGAAGAGGAUAAUACUGUGGAGACACACACAAGGACGUCAUCUACUUCGUCUACUUCUUCUGCUCCAUCAUCACCGUAAUGCGCGCCCAGUGAUAUGGAAAGUGGUCUACGGCGGAUUAACACUGCCUGGAACACUGCGGGAACAUGCAACUAAGAGGGCAAAGUCAUUCUGCCCUUGGAUGGAAGUAAUGAAUAUGUCAACUUCGUUGCCACAAUUUCCUGCUUGAACUGCAAUCUCAGCACGACUCCUUUAGCAGAGUUUGUUGACAACGUCAUGUACAGUUUCACGAUAGUCUUUGUGGACAGAGAUAUCAAUAAAAUCGGAUGGCAAAAGAUGUACAGAGGGCAAGUGAAAAUAGUCUGUUCACAGACGUUCUAUUUCGUCUUGAGUUCGUCGAGAUCGCAAGCAAAAGUAUCAAUCGCAGGGGAUUUGAAAAAGCUCGAGCGCAAGGGAUGACCCUGGGGAAGGACAAAAACAAAUAACUCGCGGCAAAACAUAACGUCUGUGGACAGACUAAAGUUAAGAGCAAUUGCGAAUUAAAGUUGGCAUGGUAUCACCGCUGGAAGACACAAUAUUUGUCGACUCCUGGACAGAUUAGGCUCGUGUUAAUGAAUAAUGUAAAAUAUCAGAGGUAACUACCAUCAUGAGAGAAGAACAGAUCAGUUUAGUGAAAGGUCACAAAGAAAACUGAGUAAUUGUAUGUUUUGCGUUUCCUAUUACUUUCUCCGCUAUCUUCUUGACUGGAUCCCUGGCUUCAUUGGAUUAUGGUGACGUAUUAGCAGAUAUACAAGGAUUUCAGGGUUCUUCGUUACACUUGUGAAUGGUGUAAAACAUGUAAGGUAACCCGCGACGCAUGUACAGCGGUUUCAUUGCAUCGUAGACUACUGGCAGUCUGUUUUUCUCUCGAAAUGAAGCGGGGAUUCUGAGGCGAGACAUUUCAUACUAGAGGAGAUUGGGACGAGAAGAAGGUGCGGCACUCGCGAGAAGAAAAACAACCAA